UUCCGAAGACGAUGGCGGCGGCGGCGGCGGCGGCGGCGGCGGGGCGGGGCUGAGAUCCCGGGCUCCUUCGGACUGCAGAGCCGAUUCUGCCCUUUGAUUGCUUUUGCUUGGAUAAUCUGGAUUUAAGCCUCCGCUGCUGGAAACCUGCCUCAAGCUAAAUCCUGAGACCAAUCCCGGUUUUUCCCAGCCUGGGAUCCGGAGCUGUAACUGAACAUAGCUGUUGUCUGAACCCUCCUCUGUUGCCUUCCCUUCCCGUACCUGAAGACGUUCCCAGGUGGAUUUCACUCCUGGGACGAAAUGGAAAUAGGAGAAUUUGCAGGCUGCGGCGAGGGGGUUGUGCAGCGAAAAAGGGGGCGUUGGCGCGUCCCCCUUCCCCCUGACGAAUUUCUGCAAAAUGCUGUCCUCUCUGGAACACCAUUUCUCUUUUAUUACAUGGAAUGAGAACUAAAGGAAGGAUAAGUUUUCUGCAGGGAGCUACGCUGGGGGUUUCUAGCAAACAAGUUGGGCAAGAAGAGGGAGGGAGGGCUGGUUUUAGCCGAGUUAACAGGGCGUUGAAAAAUCUGCAUUUUGUGCGUGGGCUGGGGUGGAGGACCAGCCUGGCGAGAUGUGGCAGCUUUGUAAAAUAAUAAUAAUAAUUCAAAAAUAGCAAUGACAGGAGGGCAUUUUAUCAGUGGACAAAUCCACGCCUUUGGAUAUUUGCAGCAUCUUGGGAGCCGGAGAGAAAGCAGGGGUGGAAAUGACUUUUGGGUUGAGGACUAGAAACAAACUUUAAAAAAACCACACCCAAAGCGUUGAGGCCAAAGAUGGCCCUGAGUUCCUGUGAAUUGGGUCAACAGAUCUGCUUUUUUACACAGGCCGGUAUCUUUUUUGCAGACUAAUCUUGGCAAAGUUUGUGCCAGGCCAAAAACAGGCCUUUUUUUGCGGGGUGGCGGGGGGAGAGGAAUAUGACAGCCAGGAGGGUGUUACAAAGGUACCGGACUUGGACCAGGAAGAACCAGGUUUGGGUCUCCCCUCACCAGGUGUUGUGUUCUCUCAGCCUACCUUGCAAGGUUGUUGCCAUGAUCAUUUAGGAAAGGCGAAUAUAUAAAUCCUUUUAUAUACAGACCUGUGUAGGCAGGAAGGCUGAUUACCUUGGAAAGUCAGACUAAAGCAGGGAGAGUCCCCUGGGUGACUGUGGACCAGUCACUUUCUCUAUCAGCCCAACCACACAGGGUUGUUGUGGGGAAAAAUAGGAGGCAGAGGACUUGCCCCCACUGUGAGCUCCUGAAGGAAAGGCAGGAUAUAAAUCGACAGGUAAUCCUUGCUUAACCAUUCGUUUAGCGACGGUUUCGUUUAGCUGGCUUCUGGCAAGCAAAAUCAAUGGGGAACUGUGUGAUUCACUUAAUGACUACGUGGUUCGCUUAAUGCCUGUGGUGAUUUGCUUAAUGGCCGCUGCAAAAAAGGUCAUAAAAUCGGGUCGGAUUUGCUUGACGACCGCUUUGCUUAGCAACCAAAAUGCCAGUCCCGAUUGUGGUCGUUAAGUGAGGACCGCCUGUAAUUAAGAAAAGCUGUAAUGCUUCCAGAUGGGCAGUUUCUCACCGUUCCUCUCGCCUCAGCAGAUCCCCGCCGCAGCGCCUGACCCGAUGCUCCCAGCGCCAUGCUCCGAAGGUUCCUGGAUCGGCCCUGCACGUUGGCUCUCUUAAUCGGCUUCCAGUUCCUCUUUAUGGCGUACUUUUCCUUUGGGGGCUUCCGCAACCUGGCAUCCAUCUUUGGGCGCGAGAACGGCCCUUCCUUUGACUACUCCCGCAGCCGCGAUGUCUACACCAACCUCAGCCUGGUGUUCCAGCUGCCCCCGCACCCCAGCGCCACCAAGCCUCUGGCCUACUGCCCGGAUCGGUCCCCGUACCUGAUCGGUCCCCUGACGGUGAGCUUCAGCCAGGUGCCCACGCUGGAGCAGAUUCAGGAGAAAAACCCGGCAGUAGAGUUAGGGGGCAGGUACCGCCCUUUCAACUGCGAACCCCGCUCCCGGACGGCCAUCAUCGUCCCCCACCGCAACCGGGAGACCCACCUGCGGCACUUGCUGUACUACCUUCACCCUUUCCUCCAGCGCCAGCAGCUGCAGUACAGAAUUUAUAUUGUCCACCAGGCUGGGAACGCCACGUUUAAUCGUGCCAAGCUUCUGAACGUGGGCGUGAAGGAGGCUUUAAAAGACGAGGAAUGGAACUGCCUUUUCCUUCACGAUGUGGAUCUAAUCCCCGAGAACGACCACAAUCUCUACAUGUGUGAUCUCUGGAACCCCAAGCAUGUCUCUGUCGCCAUGAAUAAAUUCAGAUACAAGCUCCCGUAUUUACGGUACUUUGGCGGGGUGUCGGCUUUGACCCCAGAGCAGUACCUGAAGAUCAACGGUUUCCCCAACGAGUACUGGGGCUGGGGAGGCGAGGACGAUGACAUCGCCACAAGGGUGCGCCUCCGAGGGAUGAAGAUUUUGCGGCCCCCGGUGUCCGUCGGCCAUUACAAGAUGGUGAAACACAAGGGCGACAAGGGCAACGAACAGAACCCGCACCGGUUCGAUCUGCUGAUCCGGACAUACCGCACCUGGACACAGGACGGCAUGAAUUCUCUCUCUUACACCCUCUUGUCCAAGGAGACGCUGCCCCUGUACACCAAUAUCACCGCCGACAUUGGCACCAAUCCUCGGGCCACCAGGGCCGGGAAGGGCUCCCUGCCGGGGCUGGACGGGAGGAACUACCCACGGGACAGCAGCCACGACUUCCGGCAGGAGAUGCUGCGCAAGACGCCCUUUGCCAAGCUCUCCCAGGCCGUGGGGUGGAGAGAACCUGCCCCCGAGGCCAGAAGGGAGGCGGAGAGGCGAGCGCCGGACUCCGAAAACCCCAGGCCGAGCCCCGUAACAGGAAAGAGGGGGAACGGCUCUGCUGCUGCUUUGACCCACGGCGAGGGGGACGCCUCCACCCGGGUUGCCCCCAGCCCGGACGCUCCAGAGCUGGUCACCAGGGGUGCCGAGGAGGAGACGGCCCAAGCAAGACGCCCGGCUCUGGCCUCCCCACAGCCCUCAGCCAGAAACGCAGCCCGGCGCCCGACGUCCCGGCCCCUGUCUGCCAACCGCACCGAUCCCAGAGCUGCAGAUUAAAAAAGGAUGGCGCCCAGGCGAGGCGUCAGAAGUCUGGAAUUAUUCGCACGUCCCGGCUGGGCGCCUGGGGGAGGCCGGGCGAGCAGAGCCGGACGGGACGAGCAGAGGGCCGGGCGGGACGGGGCAGGCAGGGCACACCGGCCUUCCCUGGAGAAUUUCGCUCUUCUCCCCAUGGGCACUGGCAGGUGGCUCCCUCCCAGAUGCGGGCAGUCUACCCAGGGCCCGUCUCCACAUCUCGUGCUUCAUAGGACCGGACCCCGCUUGGAGGCGACUGGAAGCCCGUGAGCAACCUAGGAGGGGGCACCUGGUCCCCAAGCUGUCUGUGGAUGAGUAUAGGGUUGGGGUCGCCCUUCCAUUAAUAGCGGCCAGUUCUGGCCCCCCAACUCCUUGCUGUCCUUAGCACUUUGUUCAAAGGGGGGCUUCUGCACCCCAUCGCUUGGCCCUCCCAAAUGCUAUAAGUAUAAGUAAGGUAUAAACCAGGGUUUCUCAACCUUGGCCACUUUAAGGUGGGUGGACUUCGACUCCCAGAAUUUUGGGAGUCAAAGUCCAUCUAAAAGUGGCCAAGGUUGAGAAACCCUGAUAUAAACUGUUGCACGGGUUGCCAAACUUCAGCCUUUUCAACACUUUUUUCUUUUCCUCCUCAUGAAGGAGAAUUUGGGGGGGUAUCUUCUCCCACCCCGGCCGUAUUCCGUUACUUCUGCCCCCCUCCUUCGCAAGUCAUCCAGCCAGGGUCAAGGAACGGGGGGGCUUCCAACGCUGGCGAAGGGCAAACAGGCCAGAGGUUUCAGCAGAGUUGUCGCCGCGCCUGCCCCCAGCCGAGCCCUUCGCUCGUACGACUUCCACCCUGUAGCUUGCUGCUAUAUUUUUUCUCUUCCUUUUAAGAUCAGCCCCAAGACAUUCUAAGCACGUUAUUCGGCUAUUGGGCCCGAAGCCCCAAGGUCUUGGUUGAUCUACCGUCUUUUAAUACAAUCCGGAGCAAAAGCUUUCUGGAGCUGGUCCCUCAGAUUCCACAAUCAGGUUUGCUCCCCGGCUAUUCCGGAGGCUCGGAUGGAGAAGCAGCCCGGGUCCCCACCAGACAGAUGUUUGUUACUACUAUAGCUGCUGGACUGUUUUGUAGAUUCCCCCCCCCCAAAAGAAAAAUCAGAAUUAAAAAAUUCUACAUGAAAGGUCCCCACUUCUUUACCCAAUUAGCUUUCCCUAUUUUUUUUUUGUUUGUUUGUUUAGGGCUGGUCCCAGCCUGGUGUUCCCCCCAGUCCUACUCUUGACCCCCCCCUCACCGGUGUGCAUCUCAGUCUCUAAGUACUGCCAGUGACAUGUAGCACCCACUACAUAUGUAGCCCCAUAUUCUAUUUAUGUAGCCCCCACCCCCUUCGCUGUAGCAGUCCCCUUUCUUCCUCGUUUUUGAUACGUGGUUUUUUUUUUUUUUACAAAAAUAAAUAUUCCUCUACCCACCAA